CCUUCAAUAGUGCGUAUGAUUAUGAAUUGCGUGGUGUGUCUAUCAUGGCUAAUGUUAAUUACAUAUUAAAGAAGGCCUACGACUUUAGAUUUGAAUUAACUGAGGAGGAUGAUUGGGUCAAAGAUCAAGCGUGGAAAAUUCAAAGGUGCCGUAACCAAUACUGGGACAAGCAGGCUGAGUUGCUGGGCUUUCUGAAGCAGCAUAAUGAGAAUGCGACUCAAGCUUCAGUGAAGAAGAUGCUAUUUUCAUUCGGUGAAAACAUGUUUCUUGACAACAACACCUAUGCUAAUGACGAAGAACUAGAAUUAUCAAUGGUCGAGUCCUUUAUCCCAAAUUGUGAAAGUCUCGUUAAGAUAUUCUGUGCUUUACUGAAUGGCAAUCAAGAAACAGAGAUAGACGAUACUGAAUGGCAAUCUUUUGAAGAUGAAAGCCAAGAUGAUGAGACGCCGUUGCUUAGAGUUCGAGGUAGCUCUAUUGCUUCGAGUUAGCUACCACUUGAUGAGCAGCAUUUCUAUGUUUCUGGAACAUUAUUUGUGUUACGUUUUGCGUGUUUAUUACUUGAUGGAGCCAUUAUAAGACCUUAAUAUAUAUAGAUUGUUUUUUUCUAGAUUUUGUGUAUCGUUUUGCGUUUGUUUCUUGAUGGAGCCAGGAGGCAUUAUAAGACCUUUAUAUAUAUUUAUAUUUUCUAGAUAUAUAUGUAUGGUCUAGUUGAGGGUAUGAUUGUAUGUGUAUUUAUUAUUUUACUUUAUUUUCCGAUUCAAACUUUAUCUUUUGUCAUCAA